AUGGAGAUGUUUCUUGCUAUUCUCCUUCUUGAAGUCAUCUCUAGCUUGUCCUUCAGCGUCUUCACCAUCAUUUGUCUCUCUCGUACUGGUGUUCAAAGAGCAAAUAUAACUCCACUCAACAGGAUCCUGAUCUCUCUUAAUGUCUCCAAUGUGUUCUACACCAUAUUUAUGUCGGCAUACUUGUUACUCAGCAACGUCUGGUCAUAUCUGUUCAGUAUAAGGUCUGUGUCUUGCUUUAUCUCCUCUAUGACCAUGUUCGCCAUCACCUCCAGCACGUGGCUCACUGCGGUUCUGUGCUUCUUCUUCUUCAUGAAGAUCAUACCUUCCCGGCCUGGACUUCUCAUGAACUUUAAGAAUGAAAUUGGCUCCAUUAUCUGGAAGUUGAUAUUGAUGGUUAUAGUUGUAUCUGCUGGUGGAAGUUUUAUAACAGCACUUUUUAUAUCACUUCAACAUCCAAACGUAAGAAACUCAACUAUGAACGAAGUUAAGACACUGGAAGAAAACAUAAGACAAAAACCAAUCUUAGUAAAUUUUGUUGUGAUCUUCAAUUGGCUGCCGUUUCUUGUGAUCAUAAUGACGACUGUUGCCAGUGCUUGGUUCCUCAAAGUCUACGACUCCCAGAUGAAGAAGAAUAAUGGGACAUUAGCCAAGAGUAAUGUGAAGGACUAUCUAAGUGCGGUCUACACAAUGACGGGUCUUCUGUUCUUCUACAUAUUUGUUAUUGUCGCUGUAGUCAUUUUUGCACUAAAAAUAUUUGUUCACAGAAGUGUAGGAUACUGGAUAUGUGAGAUGGCUCUGCUCUCAUUUCCCACAGGACAAUCCAUUCUUCUCAUCUACAGCAACCCCAGACUAAAGCAGAUCCUGAAGGAAAUAUUUACCGACAUCAAUCCUGUUGUUACUCCAAAAAACGCCGGAAGGCUUGGAAGAAGCCAAGAAGUCAUCUGA